AUGAAAAGUAAACCCAACUUAAGUAUAACUGUAAAUGGUGCAAAAUUACUUCAAGAUCUUGAUAAAUUAAAAGGAAAAAGUAAAUAAGAUCCAUAUACACUUAUUUAAUUAGUACCUUAAAAAGUUUAAAACAAAAUCAGCAACAAAUUAAUGAAAAUUUUCAAUAUGGAAUGA